AAGACUGCAAAAGUGAGUGAGAGUGACAGAGAGAGCGACCGACUUAAAGAGAGAAUCGGAGCUCAGCUGUUAUAUGUGGAGCAUAAAAAUGCUUUUGGUGGAAUUGCCUGUUAAAUUAACUUUUUGUGCUGUUUCUGGUGCUACGCUCAGCUCAUAACAAAACAAGAACCAAACAACAGUUGUAACAAGUGAAAGAAUUAUGUCGGAAAAAGUUAAAUUCGGUUGUGCAAAACAGGAGGAAUAAAAAGUAAAAUAUAUUUUUUUUUCUGGCAUAACACAAAAUUUCAAUUACACCAAAGCAAGUCAGCAGGCCAAGCAUUUAUCGUACAGCCCGAAAACCUUUGUGGUCAGCAGCAAGCAGUCAACCCAACAACAACUCAAGCAUUGUGUACAUAUCGCUACUCAUAUUUCAUGGACAACAACAAUAACAGCAGCCCCUAAAAAAUUUGGCAACUUUUUUACAGUAAUAAAGGAAAAUAAGAAUAAAACCAAGGACAAUCCCGUUUUGGAUUACGUGCAUACGAAGUAGAGAAGAAAACCCAUAAUGGUAUUUUCAAACGGUAAACUUGAACUUUUGCCAAUGUUAUGUUUAAGAGGCCUACAACAAAAGCAGCACAAAUAACGACAACAGAACAAAAACAAACAACAGCGACAAGGAAAAUGUGUUAAGGUAAUAAUUAUUGACACAUGAAUGUGAAUAUGAAUGAAAAAAAGCGUGUGUGUGUGUGUGUGAAAGAGAGAAGGAAAAACAAAACCAAUAAAAAAGACAUUAUUUACAAGCGGAUAACAGCUAGCAUUUAAACUAUUUUACAGCUUUUUAACAUAUAAUUGGAAACUGGCACGAACACAAUGCUGCUGAAUUGCCGCUGCUGCUGCUGCUGCUGAAGGGGCUACCAGUAGUCAUUAGCAAGUCUACCUAACAAACAACCCCACUUCAUGGACUGCACACCUUUGGAGGACCAUAAUGGGUGAUAAAAACUAAAUGGAAUACCAUAAAAACCUUAAGCUUUACUUUGAAAACUAAAACCAACAACAACAACAAUGACCAACCAUUUCUACCAGAGCUUAAGCGUUUGAAAAUAAAAACGAAAGAGUGAGAUUAUUUGCUGAAACUAAAAACAUAAGUACCGAAAAUUAAACGAAGGCAAUACAUAGACAAAAUUGUAAUGAAAAACUUGGAAAAUAUUUACAAAAUACUUAAUUAAAACGGGGGAAAAACAGCAGCUUCCAGACUGGGAUUUGAAAAACAAACUUUAAACGACGUAAUCUCUUCCUUUUUGGCAACCAAAAACUACCAGAGGAGUGUGCAACAUCCCCCGGGCAAAAAGUGGAAUAACACUCAGCCCAGCUCAAUGUAGGAAGUUAUACAAAGCAUUGCGACUAAAGUAUUUAAUGCUGAGACUUGGGAAAAAGGCUAUAAAACACCACUCACUACAAGCACUUCCUGUCUCUCGUUAUAGUCGCUGGCAAAGACUUAGCCAUACCGUCAGUCAGUCAGACCGUCAGUCAUACUCUUAGCUACGGCCACUUGAACACACACUCACUCUAGAGAGCAACAAUCGUUGCAGGAAGACUGGCAUCGGAGCAACUACCAACACCAACACCAACACCAUCACCUUUACUUUUAUUGUUGCUACAACAACAACAUCACCAUCAUCAUCAUCACCAUCGCCAAAAGUUGCAACAACUGUUAUAGCCAACUGCUGCAAACAUGGCGGUAGGAAAAUCCAUUAAAAUGUACCUGACUAUAUUCGUAGCCACCACAUGCAUGUAUAUGCUACUGUAUCAGUAUCACAUAUCACGGCAGCCAAUGCCACAGUCAGACAUCAUAAAGCCUCCAUUGUAUAUUAUCACACCCACUUAUCGCCGUCCAGAACAAUUGGCCGAGUUAACACGUCUGGGCUAUACACUGAAGCAUGUUGUCAACUUGUUGUGGUUGGUUAUUGAGGAUGCCAAUAAAACAUCAGAGUUGGUGAUAGAAACGCUCAAUAGGAUCGGUGUGCCUUAUGAAUAUUUUCUGGCUCCCAUGCCAGAGGAAUAUAAAAAGACCAAAAAGGCGAAACCCCGAGGUGUCUCAAAUCGUAAUCGUGGCCUUCAAUGGCUGAGGGAAAAUGCCACAGAAGGAGUUUUCUAUUUCGCUGAUGAUGAUAACACCUACGAUAUUAGCAUAUUUGAACAGAUGCGCUACACCAGAAAGGUUUCAAUGUGGCCUGUGGGCCUGGUCACCAAAUAUGGCGUCAGUAGUCCCAUUAUAAAAGGCGGUAAAAUUAUUGGCUUCUAUGAUGGUUGGAUUGGUGGUCGCAAGUAUCCCGUCGAUAUGGCCGGUUUUGCGGUGAGCGUAAAGUUUUUACAUGAACGGCCUCAGGCGAAAAUGCCCUUCAAACCUGGCUAUGAAGAGGAUGGCUUUCUGAAAAGUUUAGCGCCUUUGGACAAUGCAGAAAUAGAGUUGCUAGCCAACAAUUGUACAGAGGUUUUAACAUGGCACACACAAACCAAAAAGAAUAAUGCUGCAGAAAAAGUGAAUGCGACCAAAUAUGGUGAUACAAAUUUAAUGUUCAUAGAUAAAGCUCUAGUAAGACCUUAAAGUAACUUACCUAUAGUUAUACAUAUUAACAUUUAAGAUUUCUGUUAAGACAAAGACACAUUUUCUUCAAUGCAAACACAAAUCUAAGGAAACCAAAGAUUCUUUUUUAUGUGACAAAAAAAAAAACUACUAAAUAAAACAGUGAAACUAAGAAAAAUUUAAAUAAAAUAAAAUAUUAAAAAACAAAAACUCUAAAAAUUCCAAAUAAAAGAAAAAAGACAGUCGCAAACAUAAGGCGCAAAGUGUAAAAGCUUUAUUACAUCCUCAAAAGAAAUAUAUGCAACACAACCAAUCAACCAACCAACCAACCAACCAAUGUAUAUAAAUUUACAAAAUUUUUUACAUAUUUACUCAUACCAUUCAUAAAUAUUCGUAUGAAUUUUAUAUAUAUUCAAAAAAUAAUCAUUCGAUUUUUUGUAAAUACCUAUGCAUACCUAGACCUCAAAAAUUACUUUUCUAAAUAUCCAUUAGCCACGAAAGACAAAGCGACUUUCGAGAAAGACAACCAAUUCCAAAUAUUUAGAUAGUUAUGUGCGAGAUGGAGAGAAAUUCAUUUGAAAGAUCACUAAAAAUACAACAAUAACAAUCAUUUUUUGUAUUAUUAAACAGACAACGUAAAAAUGGAAAAUUUAAACUACACAACUACAACUGCGGCAGUUAAAACUGCCGUUUUUUUAUUUGGUUAAGAAAAUGUGAAUAAUUUAUAAAUACAAACACCUAGACGUAUGAUUGAUAUUAUUUGGUUGUAUAUUUUAAAAACUUUGGUUAUUUUUUCAGUUUUUUUUUUUUUUUUUUUUGUAUUCAGUAAGUUUACUGAAGGAAAUAAAAGGCGCGCAAAAUAUUUUUCUUUUAUUUCUUUCUUAAAUUCUCCAAAUUUCAUGAGCAAUAGAGUGAAAAAAUCUGGCGUCGAAUUACCGCAUGUGUGAACGAGUAAAAUUGUUCGAAACAUUCUGUUUCGGCAUUACCGCAUUCGUCAACUACUAAGCAUUUUCGACAUUCGAGUUUAUGACAUUCGUUAACGAGAGCAUACUCGAGUAUCAGCUGUUCGAAAUCCACUCUGGAGCAGCUCUGGAGCAAUCGAAUAGAAUUGUUAUUUGAUAAAAAUAGUUAAAAUAAAAGUAAACAGCAAGUUUUUGAGUCUAACUAAUAAUCUGAAAUAAAUAAAUACAUAAUUUUUCGGAACAAUUUUAGGAACAAUUUACAAAAUAUUAACGGGAUACAAAAGGUUGAAAUGACUCUAUUGAUGACCAUCGGAAUUUGGCAAAAAAAAAAUCCAAAUUGUAGCCAAGGGAAGGCAAUAUCUAAGGAACAAAUUAUGCCAAAACUUGGAGAAAUGUACGAAAAGACCAAUUGCAGCUUUGGUGGUACCGUGGAGGACAUGAGCCCUUUGAAGUUUAGCUCAAAUCAAGUCAAAGUUAAAGCAAUUUAUUAUCGAGAUUCCAUUGCAGGAUAUUGUCCGGCUUUAGACCAUUGUUUAAUGCUUUCCAAUCGAAGAAUAGUAUAGCAAAAAACAUUUAAAAAGUCAGCAAAUUUAUUUUCGUUAAAACUUACUGGUCCUUGUUUUGGGGCCGUGGGCAACAAGCAAAUAUUUUGAUCGCCGACCAUGGAUGUACCAAGAAGACUCACUCAGCACCGUCACAACAAGCCUCGGCACCGUGUUUUAGCACGUGUAAAUCAAGAAUGGCAAAAAAUCAUGUUCCGUACUUUAUUUGAUCC